AUGGCAUACACCUUGUCAUUGAACGAUGACCCUGAAUAUAUGAGAUCCAAAACGCCUCCUCUUCGAAGCGCAUCUGUGGAUGAAGUAAGCUUAAUGCGGAAACCAAGCAAUGGUGAUAAUUCUGAGUCAGAGUUUGAUCCAGAUGCGUCUACGAGAUCAGGUGAAAGUGGCCUUCUGUCCGGUUCUGGUUCGGAAAGCGGUAGUAAUAAUGGUAUGCAUCGAUCGCGGUCUCAGCGUGGAAAACGCCGAGGACGACGUCGCCCUAGGGUAAACAGUGAAGAAAUCAGACACACCAAACCUCUUAGACGAAUGAGCAAACCCAAACGGAAUAGCCUGCUUUCCAAGUUUCUAGGUUCGUCCAAAGGCAAGAACCUUGGAUCAGGCGGAGGCUCCACAGCAAGCGGCGAGACAUUGUCAAAUACGGCAGAUAAUUCAUCGAUAUCCCCUGAAGAACUUCACAAUUCUUACAACAGCAACAAUGGGUCCAGUCCCAUGUUCAAAAGUCUGACCAAGAUGGUCCGCCGAAACACUCUAGACUCGGUUGCUUCCAACAAGAGCGGAGGGCGGGCAUGCAGCCGAGGAUCCAUUUCCAGCAACGGAGCCAGACUGACUCCUGAAGAAUACAAGCUUGCCAUUGGAAAUCUCCAAAUGCACGCUCAAGACUUGGAAGCGGAUGGCAAUCCUGAUGAAGCAUUGGACUUGUUGCAAGAAGCUUUGGAAUUGGCGGACGAACAGACGGAGAUGCUAUCCAGCAAAACUGAAAUCUUGUGCAAAUUGGUCGUCCUUCAUUUGUGUAUUGCCAAUGAACAAGAAGAACUAAAUGCCAGCCUAAAAAUUGAACUCGAAUCGUUGGAUGAUUCCAACGAUGGAAACCGCAGACAGAUGUUGGCCCGACAGUACUCGAAUCGUCUCAAACAAGGACUGAAGGAUACUGUUCACCAUCAAGCCGCCAAGCGUUAUCUCAAUCGGAUAAAGCCGGCACUAGUCGAAGAAGGUUGGUUUGGCGAACCGUCCAAGAAGCUUGUUGUCUUUUUGUGCGGCGCAGAUGCCUGGGAGCUUGCCAUUUUGGUGACGGAAGAACUCCAUGCUACAUGUGAUGCGAAGCCAGAUUUUGGCCAGCUGGCUACGAUGCAUUACCUCGUCGCCUGUCAAAAAUUGGAUGCCAUGAAGAAUGAAGACGCCCUAUCCCAUUUGCAAGCUACUGCGACAUACUUGCAAAAAGUACCAAAGGAUAAACUUGACAGAACACUUUAUGUGCAAGUGUUGCACUUGUUGGCCAAUGAAUAUCAGUCGCAACAAGAAUACGUGGCUGCGUUGGAGACGUACAAGAGAGAAAUGCUGUAUGCUCCAUUGGACCAGCAAGCUUCACUGUAUUGCCAAAUGGCACAAGUUUACGUGGCAACUGGAUCACUUGAAAGCGCUCUGAAACAAAUUGAUUUGGCCAAAGAAGUGCAAGAUCGAGUCAAUAUUGACUCGAGUGAUGUUCGAUCUCAAAUUCUGCAAACCAAGGGUGAUGUCUUGUUUCGCGUUGGUCGAACCGAAGAGUCUCUGGAAUGCUACCAUCAAGCACUUCACGAGUGUGAUUCAUCACCUGCAGAUAAAGCCAAACUACUAUAUACCAUGGGAAAGAUCUGCGUAAAGUUGGGAAGAUCCCGAUCGGCCAUAACCUACUUCACCCGAGAACUGGAGAUUACCAAGCAAGAACUGGGGCCCAGCCACCUGAGUGUCUCUCGUGUCCUUCACGACUUGGCCAAGCUGUACGACUAUGGUUUGGGUGAGCAGAAGAUUGCCCUCCUCAAGUACAAUAAGGCUUUGGCCGUCGAAUUGGCCAAUUUGCAGGAAUGCCAUACCAGCGCCAGUUCCUGUUCUCAUUGCAAUCAUGAGACUCAUGAAUUAUGCAGCCGUCAUGCCAACUGGAAGCGUCGAAUCACAGCACAAAUUCGCGAAACCAAGAAAGCUCAAGGCCGCAUUUACUACAAGCUCGGUGACUUUGAACGCGCCAUGAAAACGUCCUUUGUAGAGUCGUCACCACGGGGAAGAAGACACAGCCUCUACUAG